AUGACCAGAAACCCAACAACCAACGCACCAAGUUCACUACAAGACCUUGUCGACUUGUUGAAGGAUGAUGUCAAGGUCAAGGAGUCGACGUCAAAAGAGAAGUUUCUCGGCGCAGCCUCGUCAGACGGCUUCGGGUUUUGCAGUGUCGUCUUUGGCUGGGACAUGCACGACACAGUCUACUCGCGCGAACUCUUGAUUUCCACCAAAGCUAACGGAUAUAGAGACAUCAUUGCAUCUAUAGAUAUCUCGACCUUCAGAAGAAUCCCAUGGGAAAACAAUGUCCCCUUCUUUCUGCUUUCGUUCAACGACCCAGAUACAAAGAAGCCUCUUCCCGUCGAUCCGCGCGGAACGUUGCAGAAGACGAUGGAUCAGGCGGAGAAUAUGGGUUUUGUACCGUAUGCGGGCGUUGAGUACGAAUACUUCAAUUUCAAAGAAACUCCGGAAAGUGCGUUCGACAAGAAGUUCCAUGGACUGCAGCCACUUACACCGGGCAUGCACGGCUAUUCCCUUCUCCGAACUCAACUCAACAACAAAUACUUCCAUGAGCUCUUCGACCAAUCUCUCGCAUUUGACGUCGAUAUUGAGGGCCACCACACCGAGACUGGACCUGGGGUUCUCGAGACCGCGUUAGCCUAUACGUCCGCCCUCCGGAUGGCAGACAACGCCGUCCUGUUCAAGUACCUUGCGAAGAGUGUCGGGAUGAUGAAUGGCAUCAUACCAAGCUUCAUGGCAAAACCUUGGGCCAACCUCCCAGGAUGUAGCGGGCAUAUUCAUGUGUCCAUGAGGGAUGCAGAGGGCAAGAGAAACCUGUUUGCUGUCUCGGAUGAGGAGCUCAAGACAGGUCGGACCGGUGCUGCGAACGAGGAUACCAGAUUCAUCAGUCAAGAAGCAGAAUGGUUCCUCGCUGGGAUCCUCGAUGGUUUAGCUGACAUUAUGCCAACUCUGGUCCCCAAUAUCAACGGCUACAAGCGCCUUGUUGUCGGUGACGCUUAUUGGGCGCCUAACGCUGUUACAUACGGCUACGACUCCCGAGCAGCCUCUGUCCGCAUCAUCUCCCCGCCUUCCUGCCCGCCGGCCGCAACCCGCUUCGAGAUUCGCGUUCCAGGAGCGGAUAUGAACGCUUACUUUGCGCUGAGCGCAAUCUUUAGGCUUGGUUUGAGGGGAAUCGAGAAGAAGCUGCCCUUGACCAUCUUGCCCAUCUCCAAACAUGAACCUGAGGACCGGGUGAAUGGAAAGAUUCAGAUGCUACCGCUCUCACUGGAAGCUGCGACGGCGAGGAUGAUGCGCCCUGAGAGUAUAGCUCGCGAAAUCUUUGGAGAUGAAUUUGUCAAUCACUAUGGCGGGACGAGGGAGCAUGAAGUUAGGUUAUGGAAUGAGGCUGUGACGAACUGGGAAGUGGAACGAUACCUGGAGCUAGCGUAA